GUCAGGCUGAUAAAAAACUAUCGCUCCUCCCGCCAUAUUGUGGAAGCUGCAUCUUCUAUCAUUAAAAACAAUACAAAGCGGUGCCAAUCAAAAAGCAUUUCCGCUGAAAACUCUCAAGGAUCUAAGAUUACUGUGAAGGAAUGCCACAACGAGGAAGCACAGUGUGCAUUUGUCAUUGACAAAAUAAUUGAAAUCACUAAUGAUGGCUCAACACCUUGUUCUUCCCAUGGAGAUAUUGCCAUCCUUUAUAGGAGGCAGUUGUCAGGUAAAGUCUUCCAAGAUGCGUUCCGCCAGAGAAAAAUACCAUUCAACGUUCAUGGUGUUGCUUUCUACAGGAAAAAGGUUGUCCAAAUCAUUAUGGCCAUGCUGAGAACAACAUUAUCCGAAUGUGACGAUGCUUCUUAUCGGCGAGUAUUUAAGGCAUUACUUCCUUUUGAGAAAGAGGAAAAGAAAAGGGUUAUAGAAUAUAUUGACAAAAUCUCCACUAGUAGGAAAUGCAGCUUCAUUUCAGCGGCUAGUGAUAUCUUCAGUGCCAAGAUUUCUGGUACCUUCAAGAGGAACCAGCUUACCCAGGGACGCAAAGUAUUGCAAACUCUUGGCAUGAUAGAAAAGCUGGUUAAUAGGGAGCAAUCACUUUCAGCUGUAGUAACAUGUGUGGCAAACAUGAUACCGCAGAAAUACCUUCUGGAGAAACGAGCAGUUGUGGAUAAUGAUGGAGGAAAACUGCUAAACGAAGACAACGAUCUUAGAUCUGUACUCCAGUUCUUAAUGGAUGAUGUAGCUGAAUUUAUUUCCACUCAUUGCCCUACAACUGGAGGAGAAGCGGAUGCAAUCAAAGAAACGAAAGGCUGCAAUCAACUUAGUUCAUUUAUCAACUAUAUCUCCGAGCGCGAAACUGAAAAUUUUCGAUCAAGAAGACAUGACAAUGAAAAUUCUGUCACAUUGACCACCAUUCAUCAGUCUAAAGGUUUGGAGUGGGACGUAGUUUUCAUAGUCAAGGCUAAUGAAAACGAGAUUCCCCUAUUACAUGAGUCUAACGGCACUGCAUCAGAGAUUGGAGCAUCACUCGAGGAAGAACGUCGCCUUCUCUAUGUUGCUAUGACUCGUGCUCGCAAGAAAUUAUUUUUCUUGUACGUGACAGUGGAUUCGAACUGGCAGGUGCUCCAACCCUCACGAUUUCUUAAAGAGAUUCCAGGCCAUCUUCUACAGGGAGACUUGAGCGUAAAUGACUGCAGAAAUGUUCAUCACAACCUUCCAAACAAGACUGAGCAGAGCGUCUCUUUCGGAACAGAAAUAAAGCAUGAGGAAAAUAAAUCAAAUGAUAAUGAUGUGAUGAACAUUCAAGUAGAUGAUGCUACCAAGGAGUCAACAGAAGUGGCAUAUGGACUCGACGGGAACAACUUCCUUAAGAGGUUUGAAGUGGAGGUUAGAUCAGUUGUCUCUCACUUAUUUCACAACUGGGCCAAGAAACAAGCAUUCCAGGAGCCGAAGAGGCUGAUUGACAAAGUAAGGUUUGUGAUUGGUGAACGUUUGGCCAUUAAGAAGGAGAAACACAAGGAUGUCUUACGAACACUUAAAUCAUCAUUGACUUCCGAAGAAGCGUUCCAAUAUGCAGAACAUGUACUUAGGUGGGAACAACUUCCUGCAGACACACGGGCUCAUAUAAUGCGCGAGAAACAGGAGCAUUUCCAAAAACUGAGAAUUGAAAACUCAAUGGGAACUUCGGAAGCAACGAGUAAACAGAUUGCGUUUCUGCAUAGUCUAGGAUGCACGGUCGUCCCAACAUCACGUCUCCAUGCGUCACGUCUGAUCGAACAGUACAAAUCACUAUGA